GAGAGGGACGAGGGCUGGCUAGUGCCGGGGCCGCCCGCCGGAGGGGGAGGAGGCUGUGCUGCCCUUGCCGCAGGUUUGCUGUCGAGCGCACAGGAGGCAGGGACAUGGGUAGGGUGCGGUCUGCGCGGGGCCCGAGCCCGGAUCUCUUCCAUUUCCCUUCUCACUCGGCCCCGGGCUGCGCCACAGACGGCAGCAGCUCCCGCUCCGCCCCAGCCGCCUGACCGCCGGGCCGGGGUGCUAACCGCGGGGCCCGCCAGCCCGCCGGUCCGGCCAGCCCAGCCCAGCCCGGCGGCCCGCAGCCCCGCCGCCCCCCGCCGCCGCCGCGUUGCCAAAACAAACGGGCCGGCCUAUUUAUUGGCGGCCGGCGAGCCGGGCAGCUCAGAGUCGAGGCGCCGAGGGGGACAGCGCGCCGCCACCAGCCAGGGCCCCGGGCCCCCGCCCUGCACCUGAGUCCCGCCGGCCCUGCGCCACGCCGCGCAGCUCAUGGCGCCCCCACCUGGAGCCCCCCGGAGCCACCCGGACGCCUGAGCCCUCGCAGCGCUCCCGUCGACUUGCCCACCCAUCAGCCCACCAGGCGUCCUCGCCCGUCGCUCUCCCGGGCUUCCCGGCCAUGUCUCCCGCCCGGCUCCGGCCCCGACUGCGGUUCUGCCUGCUGCUGCUGCUGCUGCUGCUGGUGCCGGCGGCUCGGGGCUGCGGGCCGGGCCGGGUGGUGGGCAGUCGCCGGCGGCCUCCGCGCAAGCUCGUGCCGCUCGCGUACAAGCAGUUCAGCCCCAAUGUGCCGGAGAAGACCCUGGGCGCCAGCGGGCGCUAUGAAGGCAAGAUCGCGCGCAGCUCGGAGCGCUUCAAGGAGCUCACCCCUAACUACAAUCCCGAUAUCAUCUUCAAGGACGAGGAGAACACCGGCGCCGACCGCCUCAUGACCCAGCGCUGCAAGGACCGCCUGAACUCGCUGGCCAUCUCGGUGAUGAACCAGUGGCCUGGGGUGAAGCUGCGGGUGACCGAGGGCUGGGACGAGGACGGUCACCACUCGGAGGAAUCGCUGCAUUAUGAAGGCCGCGCGGUGGACAUCACCACGUCGGAUCGCGACCGGAACAAGUACGGACUGCUGGCGCGCCUGGCGGUGGAGGCCGGCUUCGACUGGGUGUAUUACGAGUCCAAGGCCCACGUGCAUUGCUCCGUCAAGUCCGAGCACUCGGCCGCGGCUAAGACAGGUGGCUGCUUCCCUGCCGGAGCCCAGGUGCGCCUGGAGAGUGGGGCACGUGUGGCCUUGUCAGCCGUGAGGCCAGGAGACCGAGUGCUGGCUAUGGGGGAGGACGGGAACCCCACCUUCAGCGACGUGCUCAUUUUCCUCGAUCGUGAGCCAGACAGGCUGAGGGCCUUUCAGGUCAUCGAGACCCAAGACCCCCCGCGCCGCCUGGCCCUCACCCCUGCCCACCUGCUCUUCACAGCCAACAAUCACACAGAACCAGCUGCCCGCUUCCGGGCCACGUUUGCCAGCCAGGUGCAGCCUGGCCAGUAUGUGCUGGUGGCUGGAGUGCCAGGCCUGCAGCCGGCCCGAGUGGCAGCGGUUUCCACACACGUGGCCCUUGGGGCAUACGCUCCCUUAACGAGGCAUGGGACGCUGGUGGUGGAGGAUGUGGUGGCCUCCUGCUUUGCGGCCGUGGCUGACCAUCAUCUGGCUCAGUUGGCCUUCUGGCCCCUGCGACUGUUUCACAGCUUGGCGUGGGGCAGCUGGACCCCUGGGGAGGGUGUGCACUGGUACCCCCAGCUGCUCUACCGCCUGGGGCGACUCUUGCUGGAAGAGGGCAGCUUCCACUCACUGGGCAUGGCCGGGGCAGGGAGCUGAAAGGACCCCUCCACUGCCCUCUCAGAACUGCCCAGAGGCCUCCCCACCAGGAGCAUGCUGGCCCUGGAAAGGACCUGAGCAGGGACACUGGGUCCUAUCAUCUCCACCACAGAGAUACAUCAUUGAGACUUGACUGGGCAAUGCCAGCAUUCCCCACCCCCACUCUGGGGUAGUGACACAGCUGCGAGCUGAACUGGCAGUGGGGCAGGAGUGGUCUCUCCUACCCUAGAGACCAGAGGGUCCCCGCCCAGCUUGCUCUCACUACAGUUUUUCAGACCUCCCUCCCCCAAUGGGGAGGGCCCAUCCAUCCAUCGUAGGCCCCUCUUAGAUGGGCUUGCACCUCAGUUGAUGCUGCUAGAUUCCCUGGGAGCCAGCAGGGAGCUGGCUGGACUCAAUGCUGCCCAGAACUGAGAAGGCUGCAGAGUGGGGCAGCCAGCCUGGCCAUCCUGAGGCAUGACAUUCCUCUCUGGCCACACUCCUCGGGACACAUCCAGAGACUGUCGCUGUCAGUGUACAGAGUUCUGUGUUCCAGCCAAUGUGAUCAGAGUGCCCAGGACUUGGGGAGUGGCCUGGAUGCCCUUCCCACCCCUGCCCAGGCUAUACGCUCCCUAUUCUGCUGAACCAUGACCCCAACCCUCUCCUCCGGUCAGUCUCCCCCACCUUAUUUAUUGACACCGAGGGGGGAAACCCACGGGAAAAUUUUGGGGAUGUUUUGGUCUUUUCUUCCUUUUGUAAUAAAAAUUAUUUAAGUUGUUAGA